CCUGUUUCUUCUUUGUAGGUUGUGAAAAGUUCAACAAUUCCACUUAAUUGAAUAGUUGACCCAGUUCUAUUUGUAUCGUUCAGCCCUAGUUUAUUUACGUUUAGGCCCUUCCAAAACUCAAUCCAAAGUUGCCUUCUUUUUUCAUCACAUUCUCUGCAUAUUCUCUCAAAUUCCUUUCUGGGUUUUCAUUUUUCUGACCUCUCCAUCAAGAUAACGACUCGAAGUUCAUUCUUUUUGAUCCCUCUGAUCCAAAAAUAUUUUCCUCUUCUGAAACUCAAUAUAAAUCUGGUUUUUUUUUUAGUCAACUUUAGUCAAUCACCAAGUCUCUCUGAUCCAGAACCUCCAUUGAUCUCAUCCCCUUGAAUUUGCAGAAAUAUAGCUCCCAAGACAAUAAGAAGAUAUGGGUUGCUUUUUGAGCAAAGGCAAAGAUCCAGAGCCACAGUAUAAUGGUUAUAGAUCGGGAGGAGGUGGUGGUGGUGGAGCUCGCUAUGAAAAGAUCCAUGAACCUGUUCACCAAUCCAAAGCCGCAGUUCAGCAACCCCAGCAAUUACCUGAAAAACGUACUGUAGCAGCAGCCCAUCCAGAAUACCAAUCAACAGGGAAGCCAUCGGUUUCUGCUCCUGUUCGUAGCCCAAAACAUGUUGUCAGGUCGGAUACAAUUCUUGGCAAACCAUAUGAAGAUGUCAAACUGUUCUACAGCAUGGGAAAAGAAUUGGGUAGAGGUCAGUUUGGUGUGACUUAUCUUUGUACUGAGAAUUCAACAGGGCGUCAAUUCGCUUGCAAGUCUAUAUCAAAGAGGAAGCUUGUCAGCAGGAAUGAUAAAGAGGAUAUUAAGAGAGAGAUUCAGAUUAUGCAGCAUUUGAGUGGGCAGCCUAAUAUCGUUGAGUUCAAGGGUGCUUAUGAGGAUAAGCAGUCGGUCCAUCUUGUUAUGGAGCUUUGUGCUGGUGGUGAGCUCUUUGAUCGGAUUAUUGCCAAGGGUCAUUACACUGAAAGGGCAGCUGCUUCUAUAUGUCGGUCAAUUGUUAAUGUUGUCCAUAUCUGCCAUUUCAUGGGUGUUAUGCAUAGGGACCUCAAGCCUGAAAAUUUCUUGCUAUCUAGCAAGGAUGAAAAUGCCCUUUUGAAGGCAACAGAUUUUGGGUUGUCGGUGUUCAUAGAAGAAGGAAAGGUGUAUCGGGAUAUAGUUGGGAGUGCUUACUACGUUGCUCCUGAGGUACUAAAGCGCAGAUAUGGCAAAGAAACUGACGUUUGGAGUGCUGGAGUUAUAUUGUACAUUUUACUUAGUGGUGUACCUCCAUUUUGGGCUGAAACCGAGAAGGGGAUAUUUGAUGCCAUAUUGCAAGGAGAUAUUGAUUUUGACAGUCAACCAUGGCCAACUAUAUCAAGCAGUGCGAAGGACCUUGUCAGGAAGAUGUUGACCCAGGAUCCCAAAAAGCGUAUCACUUCGGCUCAAGUGCUGGAGCACCCAUGGAUAAUUGAAGGUGGAGAAGCAUCAGACAAGCCAAUUGACAGUGCAGUCCUUUCCAGGAUGAAGCAAUUCAGAGCAAUGAACAAACUGAAAAAACUUGCACUGAAAGUCAUUGCAGAAAAUCUUUCUCAAGAAGAAAUCCAAGGUCUGAAGCAAAUGUUUACAAACAUGGACACUGAUAACAGUGGCACCAUCACCUACGAUGAGCUGAAGGCAGGAUUAACCCGACUUGGCUCUAAGCUCACUGAGGCUGAAGUCAAGCAGCUCAUGGAAGCUGCUGAUGUGGAUGGGAAUGGAACAAUUGACUACAUUGAAUUUAUCACUGCUACAAUGCACAGACACAGACUAGAGAGGGAAGAACAUCUUUUCAAAGCCUUUCAAUAUUUUGAUAAGGACAAUAGUGGGUUUAUCACAAGGGAUGAAUUAGAAUCAGCAAUGAAAGAAUAUGAUAUGGGUGAUGAUGCCACAAUCAAGGAAAUAAUAUCAGAAGUUGACGCAGAUAAUGAUGGUAGGAUCAACUAUUCUGAAUUUUGUACAAUGAUGAGAAGUGGAACCCAGCAGCAGGGAAAACUCUUCUAGAUGGCAACAAGCCAAAAAUUCCACACCAGAACAAACUUGCGAGUGGCACUUUGAGCCAUACUAUUAGGAAUCCUUGUUCCAAACGCUUUCAAUCGUAGGGUAGAUGUUUGCCACUAUCAACCUGAGGUUUUCAAUUUGGAUUGCUUUUGAAUUUACAAUUACCAUCAGUUGUGCAUAAGAAGUCAUCAAUUAAUUUUGUAUAAUUUUUUUUUUCUGUUUUUUUCUUUUUUAAUUUAUUUUGGUUCGUUGAUGGUUGGAGGAGUUCCUAUUUGAAGAGAAAAUGUACUAUGUGUUAUAGCUACUAGCCCUGGAAAGCCUUUCUUAAAUUUUCUCAAACCAGUGGUGAUAUAUCAGCAUGGCAUUAAAUUUUAGUCAUGAA